AUGCCUGGAUGCAGGGAUCCAUAUUACGACCUUAUAGUGGUGUUGAGCGAUCGAAUUUUGCUCGAAGACCAGCUCGCCGACGCGAUCACUUCGUUCCUGUCGCCUCAUAAAAUAUUCGACUGCGUACGUUCCAAGUCGAGCUCUGAUUUGAGCAAGCUGCUCGUUGGACUCAAAUUCAGGAUCGUGAUCACGACGAUUCAGAAGUUCUUGGGUCUCUCAGACCAGAUUCAAGUGUAUAGAGCAGUCGCGAUCAUAGUCGAUGAGGCGCAUCGCAGCCACGGAAAGAGUUUGACCAGGAAAUUGCAUCGGUUUUUGACGGGUGAGAGUCGUCAGAGUCGUCGAAUCACCUACUUUUCGUUCACUUGCACGCCGAAUGCGAAUUCGCUGGAGAUGUUUGGGGUUCGGAGGGACGACACGAUCGCGCCGUUCUACACGUACAGCAUGAAAGAAGCAGUAGAAGACCGAGUGAUCCUGGACGUCUUGGGGGACUACACGACGGUGACGGCAGUCGCGUCCGUUUCAGUGAGGGCAGAGGCGCGAGAGAAGAUCGUCGAGCGUGGAUUUGAGGCGACGAGGGCGCUUUUUGAGGAGACGAGUUCGGCUCGGUGCGGAAUGGAACAGAAGGCCAAGUUUGUGGUUUCUCAUCUAGUUCGAAAGUUGCAGAAGGCGGGCAACGGGUUCUGCGCGAAGGCAAUGCUUGUGGUGCCGAACAGGCCGACGAUAUUGGAAUACAAGUUGUUGAUAGAGAAGGAGAUAGAGCUGUUGCCGGCCGGCCAGAGAUUUGCGGUGGUUGCUUGCUUUGCACCUUUUUUCGCGUCAGAACGUUGCGAGGCGGGGAGCGACGCACGUCCGACGAGCGAGAGAGACGAGCGAGUUAACGGAGUGUAUCACAAAGAUGCGCUGGGGGCAUUCAAAGAUCCAGGCAGUAUGGUCAAGUUGGUCGUGGUGGCUGACAAGCUGAGGACCGGAUUUGACGAGCCCAUGUUGUCGAUCAUGUACAUAGAUCGGAAGUUGUCCGGAGAGGGUGCGGUUCAGACCAUUGGGCGUCUAUCCAGAAUAGCAUCCGGGAAGACGCAAGUGUGCGUAGUCGACUUUGUGAAUUCGAGAAGCGAGAUCGUAGAGGCGUUUCGAGGGUACUGGGGAACGACGACCUUGUCGGCUCUGAGGAGGCCUCCGGUCGAGAAGGCCGAAUUGGACAGUUUGGCGUCCUAUUUGAACUCGGUUGGCGUCGCGCGCUCGGAGGGGUCCGAGGGUUUGGAGAAGCGCGUAGGGAGGUCCCAUUUGGAGGCGUGCUUGUUGAGGUACUGCGAGUUAUGUGACCGCUUGCAGACGGAGAGCGGAGAGCUGUCCUACAGGCGCGCGAUGGCCGCGUUGAAGCAACUGGAGUGCAAGAGGGCGAGUCGAGCGAUGGGCGAGCUGAUAGAAUGUGUGAAUGUGUCGGUGUUGGGCUUGAGAGUGAACGGUAGCGGAAAGCUGUGCAUAGGGGAAGGGACGCACGAGCUCAAGAUCCGCAAGCAGACCCUCCAGGCACUCAAGUUCUCUUCUAGCCCUAAGAUAGUCGCACCCGUGUAA